CUCUGGUGUAAGAAUACAAAGUAUGCGGUACUUGUUGUUUGGGAUAUGUGACGCUGAUCGUGUAAUUUGACGUGGCGACUACGUAUUCUGCAAAUUUAUCCAGUCCGAUUGCUGCAAAAUUGGUGACGAAAAGUACGCAAGUGGUAAGUACUCGAUUGACGAAAUACAACAACUGAGAAGAAUCGGUGUUUACAUGAGAAACGGACCCUAGACUAAAAGUGUGAAUUUAUCAAACAUGGAUGAAUAGAUGACAGAAGUAAGUUCUUCACAAGCAGCAGAUUUAGAGACCAGUUCUGGAAUAUCUAUGGUACAUAUGCCCUCACUGAGCCAGCCCAUUCAAGUCCAGUCUGUCAUUCAUUCCAACACCCCAUCAGUCAUUCAGACAGCUGGUCCUAAUGUACAGACCAUCCAAGUGGUUCGAGUGGCACCAGUAGAUGAAGAUUUGUCAGAUGAUUCUGAAAACAAGAAAAGGCGUGAAAUGCUUUCAAGAAGGCCAUCAUACAGGAAAAUUUUGAAUGAACUUUCCUCCCCAGUGGCAGUGUCAAAAAUAGAAGAGGAGUCCAACAGUAGUCAGAGUCAGGACGGGGAUUCCCCCGAGGGAGCCUCCAACUUAUCAGGGGUUCAGUACCAGCAAGUACUGCCUGCAGGAACGAUACAGAUUUCUGGAAACUCGGACGGUGUGGCAGUGUCCCAAGGGUUACAGACACUGACGAUGACAAAUGCAAGCCCCUCAACUACCUCGGCAGCUACAGGGGCAACCAUUGUACAGUACGCACAAGGUCCUGAUGGCCAGUUCUACAUCCCUGAUAUGUCAGGAACAGUCCAGGCCUAUCAGAUUGCCACAUCCGGGGCUUUACCCCAGGGGGUUGUUAUGGCAACGACAGGAAGUCCAAUGUCAAGUCCUCAGAAUUUGUCUGAAGAAGCUUCAAGGAAGAGGGAAUUAAGGCUUCUGAAAAACAGAGAAGCAGCACGGGAAUGUAGGAGGAAAAAGAAAGACUAUGUGAAAUGUUUGGAAAACAGAGUAGCUGUUCUAGAGAAUCAAAACAAGACAUUAAUCGAGGAAUUGAAGGCGUUAAAAGAACUUUAUUGUCAGAAGGAGGGAUAGUCCUUAGCUGUACAGGGAUUGCUCAGAUUUCUUGUUUUGGUCAAACAGUGCUAACGUGAACAUGCAUUUAGCUGUUACGGAUCCGCGCCAGGACAUUUAUUCCGCAUGUAGUGACCAAGGGACCGUCAUUUUCAAUAUUUUUGUACAGAAAGGGAAUUGAAGGCAACGGAAUAAAAAAAUAUAUUUGUCUUACGUAUAUUCCUGUCAUUUUGCAAGGCACCUUACUAAGCAUUUAGUGUAUUUUAUUAAGAGAGAGAUUUUUUUAUAAAUUGAUGUAAAGCGUGAAGGUUCUUAUCUAUGAUUGUAGGAUCUCGUGUGUUUUGUUUUAUAUAUUUACAAUAUUUAAUGUUUUGUUUCAUGUGCAGCUUACAGAUUAAUGUUAUUGUCGGCCUAUUGCUCAGAUUCAUAAUCAGUGUAUCUCUUUAAUAUAUGCCAUCUGAUAUGGAUGGGUUCUACGGCAUUGAAAUUUUAUAUUUGGCUUUUCAUAAACUGAAAAAAUAAGAAAAUAAAAUUUAACAUUGAGAAAAGUGUAAAAGACACACAAUCAAUAGGACAUAUAUUUGUUUUCUUUCUUUCUUUUUUUGGGUAUGAAUUAUGGCCUGUGAUGAAAAAGAAAUGAUAAGUAAAUAAAUAGUUUUCAGUAAUAAUGUGGAAUCAGCUUUAGAAAUACAUGAUUACAAGCAGCAUUGUUCUUAUAGCAAACUCUACAUAUCGUGUAUGCCUUAGUUAAGUUUAUUGUCUACAGAAAGGACAGAUAUAUUUUAUUAUAUUUUUAAAACAAUUUCUCAAUAUAAACAUUAAUUUUGGUUGGUAACAUUAAGAAAGGGUUUGAUCUGGAAAAAAAUACAAGAGCAAAACUUAACUUGAAACUUUGAUUUUUUAGGAAAAUGUAACUUGCACUGAUCAUAAUAGACUUGUAAAUAGUACUAUAGACAUACAAAUAGCCUUGUUCCAAGUAGCUUUUUUUCACUGUAGCUUUCUUGCCCACGCUGUCUUCUUAACAUUUUAAAGUUUUCAGUGAUUGUUAUAUAUUUUUAUUAUAAACAGAUUUGUAUUGUCUUGGUGUACUCAUGGCACCUUUAUACCCGCCCUCCCUAUAAUCAUUGAAGUUGAUGAAAUGUGAUACAACAUAAAAAUGUAUUUCAAAUGAAUGCUUUGUUGAAAUGUAUCUGUUUUAUUAACUUUGGGUGAUAAACCAUGUUCUGCUAGGCUACAUAUACAUAUAACUGCAAAUUGCACUUAAAAAGAUUCUUCUGCAAAGUGGGGUUUGUGGGCAAAUUAUGAAUAACUGUAUUAAAUACUGUUUGAUGUCAUAAAAAUGGCAUAAGAUAUAUGUACAAAUUGUCAUCUGUGGUCUCACUUUCCAUAUAAACUUGCCAAGAAACAGUUACACAUUCUAUGAAAGUCAUUUUACACUGUUAUCUAUGAAAAUAAAUUAUUUGAAUACAUGUAUAUCCGGCCCUUUGGUUAGACAAAAAAAAAGUUACUUAUUCAACAAACAGAAUUGAAUUUUCAUGAUAUGAUGUGUUAAACCCAUUAUGUACAUAAUUAAUGUCUACAUUUCAGGUCUUCAGACCUUUGCAAGUACAUAGAUUUUGUUUUUGUAGAAAAUUGUGUUCAAUUUGGACUGAAUAACUUUGAGAUAUUGAUGUUUUUAAAUUAAAAAGAAAGAGGAUAUUGUAUGGAUAGAAAGGACAAUACUAAUAAUUGUCUUCUGAGAGCUUUAUACCAAUGUUAUAAAGCCCUUUUUUUAAUUUUUUUUUUUUUUUUUUUUUUUUUUUUUUGGAUAUCUUGGGUAAAAUUUUGUCCAGUGAUAUUGUUAUACGUUAUGGAGAGAGUCACUUGAUAUUUUAAUAAAAAUGAAUUAUGUAAA